GUGGAGUGCAGUUACGCAGCGUACGAGCGCCAUUCAUACCGUGAAUUUAAAAUGUUGCAUUUUUUGUUAUUUGUGUUAGGCACGCUGAGUAAUGUCGUGUCAAUGAGUCUCCCUGAAUACAUAAACUCAUGUUCAAGAAACGAUCCUAAUUUGAACGAAUGUGCUCUGAAAUCAGCGAGGGAGUCUAUUCAUCGGUUCUCUUUGGGAGAUCCGAGUAGAGGCCUCCCCCCACUAGAUCCAUUGUACGUUGAGAAGAUGAUCGUGUAUGUACCCAACGAGAGUGGCUUCAAGGUUGUUUUCAAAGACAAUAAUUUUACGGGACUUUCCGAUCUGAAGAUGGAAGAUCUUCGAUUUGAUCUUGACAAGAAGCUGAUUAUAGCCGAAGCAUUGGUAAACUUAGACGUUGAAAAUACAUACGAAUUGAGCGGAAAAGUUUUUAUAGUACCAAUUACGUCUAAUGGAGAUUCUUCAAUAAAAUUGAAGAAUACAAUGCUUCAUAUAAAAUUUUGGUACGAGCAUGUGGAGGGACCCGACGGUAAUAUUCAUUGGAAAAUCUAUAAACACGACAUAAAAUACGACGUUGGAAGGGCAAUAUUCCGAUUGGAGAAUUUGUUAAACGACAAGAAUUUAGGUGAUCAGAUCAACAGAAUACUUAACGAGAUGUGGCGACAAAUCGUCGCCGACGUCGGGCCUACGAUAUGUCGCUCCCUUAGCUCAGCCGUUGUGGAAAAUUUAGGAGUCCUCCUCUCACAAGUAUCUUACGACGAAUUGAUGCCGGAAUAAAUAUAAAUAUAAAUUAGCCUA